GACAACCACCAAAAACAAUCAAUAAAUGCCAGAGAUUUUUAAAGCAAAAGUUACUUGCUCUUGGAGAAUUUUUAAAGCAAACCAAUCUAACGGCUUAACCCCAAAAACCUCCUUUUCUUUCUUCUCUUUGUUCUUCGUCUCUCUCGGUCGAAUCUUCUCUCUUUCUGUUAUUACCCAUCAUCAAACUGACUGUUCAUAUGGCAAGAGAAGGAGCCAAAAGAACUGUACAGAAAGUUGCUGAGGAAAUGGAGACCCAGAAUGAGAGGCUGGAAGAUCAGUUCUCGGACCCGGAUGUUGAACGACGAAUUUCUGCCAUUAAGGCUGUUCGUGAUGUGGAGAUUGAACAUGUGCUGACCAAAUUGCAUUUGCUUCGCUCAUAUUGCACCAAGGAGCAGCGGGAAACACCGGUUUUGCAAUUUUUCAAAGAAAACUUUCCAAACCUGUCCUUUGUAAAAACUGAAGAAAAUGGACAUCUACGACUUCAGUGGAUUGGUGAGGAUGGCAAUGUAUCCAUGAAUGAUGGACCCAAUUUACAUUUUUCUCUUCUUAACCAGUUCUCAGUGGCUCACUCUGGUUGCCAAACUUUGGGUGGCUUUGAGUUUUCUAUUAAAGCAGAGAGAUCAAGGUUUUUGGGUGCUGAUAAUCUGCAGAUAAGAGAUUUUGUUUUAGAGGAGCCAUUUGAUACACAGAUGCCAGGGCAGAAUGAUUCCCUCCAAACUCCCGGGGUCUGUAGCCAGAGGCUAUCUAUUGGGAUCACACCUAAAACGGUAAGGCUUCCAAAGCCUGGGGAGACCCUUUUAUCUGUCCAUGGAUCUCCCCUUGGUGUCUACAAGGAAGAGAAUAUGGAAGCCAUACAUGAGUCAGGAGAGGGAUGACUGGCUUCAAACUGCUCAAAGUGACGGUGAAUCCAGAUGGAAGUCAAUAGUAAGCUACUUGCCAAUCAAGAUUCCUUUGUUUAUGCUUGUAGAACUGUGGUAAUGAUCACCUUAAUACCUGAAACAUUCUAAUACCUUUGGGAUUUUGCUCUACCCCUCUUUCUACCCACGUCCAUCACCUUUAUCUUGUAGUAGAGUCCUGCCAUCACUGUAAUUAGUUUUAGAUUUGCUUGGACUGCCUACCUGGACCUUUUGUCUCCUUCAACUUUCAUCUUAAUGUUCUUUAUACUAAGAAAACUUUCUGAUAUUGUG